CCCGCUGCGCUGGGGGCGGAGGCGGGAAGCGCGGCGAUGGCGGGCAGGCGCGGCGCUCUCAUCGUGCUGGAGGGUGUGGACCGCGCGGGGAAGAGCACGCAGAGCCGCAAGCUGGUAGACGCGCUGUGCGCCGCGGGCCACUGCGCCGAGCUGCUGCGCUUCCCGGAAAGAUCAACUGAAAUUGGCAAGCUUCUGAGUUCCUACCUGGAAAAGAAGAGCGAGGUGGAGGACCACUCGGUGCACCUGCUCUUCUCUGCGAACCGCUGGGAACACGUGCCGCUAAUUAAGGAGAAACUGAGCCAGGGCGUCACCCUGGUCGUGGACAGGUACGCCUUUUCCGGGGUCGCCUUCACCAGCGCCAAGGAGAAUUUCUCUCUGGACUGGUGCAAGCAGGCGGACGUGGGCCUCCCCAAGCCGGACCUGGUCGUGUUCCUGCAGCUGCAGCUGCCGGAGGCCGCCGCGAGGGGCGAGUUCGGCCGUGAGCGCUACGAGAGCAGCCCUUUCCAGCAGCGGGCCCUGCAGCGCUUCCAGCAGCUCCUGGGAGACUCCAGUCUGCCGUGGAAGACAGUGGACGCCUCCAGGAGCAUCGAGGACGUCCACCGGGAAAUCCGCGUGCUGUCUGAGGGCGCCAUGCGGGCCGCUGCACACAGGCCGCUGGGGCAGCUGUGGACGUAGAGGGACAGGACCCCCGUCUGCCAUCCGCAAGGCAGGAGCCGCGUGUGCACAGCGACCGGGGGGCGAAGCAGGGCUCCCCGUGGAGCGGCCUGCGGGGCGGCCUUCUCCUGCCCUCACCUGUGCCCCGAAGAUACUAAUAAAUUAGUUAUUGUGUUCUGCUUA